AUGUUCCUCCGCCGCCGCCUCCUCUCCACCGCGGCCGCGGCGGCCGCCGCCCGCGGCCCACCGCCGAUCCGCGUGUCCCUAACGGAGUCCGCGGGCCGCGGCGUUUUCGCCACCCGCCCAGUCUCCUCUGGCGAGCUCCUCCACUCGGCGCAGCCCCUCGUCUCCCACCCAUCCCACUCACUGCUCCACGAGGUUUGCUACAGUUGCCUCAGAAGGAAGCCCGGGGAAGGGCGCGUUUCAAGCGGAGGUUACUACUUCUGCAGCGACGCUUGCAGGGACCACGCCAAGGGGUUCCAUGACAUUGACAAGAACGUAGAUUGGUCUUUAUUCGAUUACCACUGCAGUUCACGUGGUCUAAAGUACCCAUACAUGGCCAAGCGCCUUGCCUGCAUGGUUAUAUCAGGAGCUGCUAAUGCAGAUUGUCUUAACAUACUUCAGCCAGCUCGGUUGCACCAGGGGACGUUAAUUGAGAUGGAGGAGGAAUUUGAGUUGUUGGAGUCCACUUUUAGAAAAGCUGGGUUUCAGGAAGAAGUCACAAACUUUUUGACCAUAGAUUGGUACAUCAAUGUAUUGGCAAGAAUACGCAUAAAUGCAUUUCGUAUUGAAUUGGUUGCAAGCUCAUAUGAGGAUCUCUUAUCCUCAGCGGCAGCCUCCGUAUCAUGUGAUUCAUCAGUUGGCAAUGCGGUUUAUAUACUCCCCUCUUUCUACAACCAUGACUGCGAUCCAAAUGCUCACAUAGUUUGGCUGGAUAAUGCGGAUGCGAAAUUGAAGGCCCUCCGUGACAUUGAAGAAGGUGAGGAGCUGCGCAUCUGCUACAUCGAUACUAGCCUAGAUGCCGACGCUAGACAGAAGAUUCUUGCUGAUGGAUUUGGCUUCAAGUGCCAUUGCCUUCGGUGCUUGUCUGGAGACUAG